CCUCUCUGUUUCAGUGCUUCACCAACCUCACUGAAAAUUCUGCCAGCUGCAACUUGUCAAGCAAAUAGAAGCAAGCAGAUAUUGGAUGGGAAUAAUCCUCAGCUUAUAAUGAUUAGGAUCCACUUCACAGAGCAGCUCUCACAAACAGAUGCCCUGGCAGCAGCUGAGCAGGCCUCCCCAAGAAGCUGAUCAGUGCAAUGAAAAGACUACUGAUAUCUAGAGGAAUUAUAUAAAACCAGAGGUGGCUGGUGAAGGAUUCACUGUGGGUUUUCAACAGAUUUGAGCAUGGCCACCCAGCAACAUUCUGUGACCAAGGCAGAGAUCCCUGACCAUGUUCUUUACGCUGUAGGAACAUGUGUUCUUGUUAUCGGCUCUAUUGGCAUCAUAGGAAACCUCCUAGUUCUCUAUGCAUUUUACAGCAACAAGAAGCUGAGGACGCCCCAAAACUACUUUAUAAUGAAUUUGGCUGUGAGCGACUUCCUGAUGUCAGCUUCUCAGGCACCAAUGUGCUUUGUCAACAGCUUGCACAGAGGGUGGAUCCUUGGAGAUAUAGGUUGUGACUUGUAUGCUUUCUGUGGAGCGCUCUUUGGAAUAACCUCGAUGAUGACCCUGUUAGCUAUUUCUGUUGACCGCUACCUGGUGAUCACCAAGCCCCUGCGAUCCAUCCAGUGGACCUCAAAGAAACGCACCAUGCAGAUCAUUGCUGUCGUGUGGCUGUACUCACUGGGGUGGAGUGUGGCCCCACUCUUCGGGUGGAGUUCCUAUGUGCCUGAGGGCUUGAUGAUUUCCUGUACAUGGGACUAUGUAACCUACUCCCCUGCAAACAGAAGUUACACCAUGAUUUUAUGCUGCUGUGUAUUUUUUAUUCCCCUGAUAAUAAUAUUCCAUUGCUACUUACUUAUGUUCCUGGCCAUAAGAAGUACCGGCAGAGAUGUUCAAAAGCUAGGAUCCUGCAGCCGGAAAUCCUACCUCUCUCAGUCCAUCAAGAAUGAAUGGAAAUUGGCCAAAAUUGCUUUUGUGGUCAUCAUUGUGUAUGUCUUGUCCUGGUCUCCAUAUGCUUGUGUCACUUUGAUUGCCUGGGCAGGCCGAGGCAACACACUAACUCCGUAUUCCAAAUCUGUGCCAGCUGUUAUUGCCAAAGCUUCUGCAAUCUACAACCCCAUCAUAUAUGCAAUAAUUCACCCGAGAUACAGAAAAACCAUCCACAAUGCUGUUCCCUGCUUGCGGUUCCUGAUACGAAUAUCGAAGAAUGACCUCCUGAGAGGCUCCGUAAAUGAAUCAUCAUUCAGAACCUCUCUCUCCAGCCAUCAGUCUCUUGCUGGCAAGACCAAGAGCACUUGUGUUUCAUCAGUUUCCACUGGAGAAGCUACCUGGAGCGAUGUAGAGCUUGACCCUGUAGAGCCAGCUCAUGAGAAACUGCAGCCUCAACGAAGUCAUUCUUUCUCAACAAGUCUGAGUCAGGAGAAGAGAGAUCUGCUCCCAGAGACCUGUAGCUACAACACAGCAACUGUAGAAAAGGUGUCACUGUCUUCCAGUUGUCUGGAGAAGGUGCUUGGGCAGUCAGUUCUCCACAGUCCCCCUGAAGCACUUGUGGCCAGCUCUCUAAGAGCAGCUUCUCUGCCUGUUGGUUUGAAUAGCAACAAUGUCAGCAGAGGAGGAGGCUCAGAUACUUCAUGGAUGGAAACUCAAGAAAGUCAAAAUAAUGGAGGCCUGGACUCUAUCAUUAGCAAUACAGUCCCUCGCAUCAUUAUCAUUCCUACCUCAGAGACAAACCUAUUUCGAGAGGAACUUGAUGAGGAAGACACUGAAUUAUUCCACUUCCAUGACAAAAAGAGUAAUCUGUUGGAUUUGGAAGGACUUAGCUCAUCAACAGAGUUCCUCGAAGCUGUUGAGAAAUUUCUAUCAUAAGUGUGUCAAAAGAAAACUUUCCGGCAAUGAUUUUCUUGGCAUCUUCUCCACUUAAUUAUACCAAAUAACUAAAGCCUUGUAGGUUAGAUCAUCAGGCUUUUUGUAUGUUUAUACGGUAGUCACUAGGCAGCCUUCAGAUUUAUCUUUGUCCAGACCAGUUCAGGCAUGGAAACAAGCUUUCUUUCAGACUACACUGCAGGAAAUGAGCAGUGGAAGAUCUGGCAGCAUGAUCGAGUAGAAUCAGUUGAGUCGUUCUCCUGCUUUAUGGGGCCCUGAACAUUGAUUUGUAACCACAAAUGCCAGCAGAAGGAAAAAUAAUUGAACCAAGAGCAGGGGGAGCUGCUGAAUGUUUCUGCUACCUGCAUGUGAAACAGCAUUCAUGUUUUGGCUGCUCUCCUCUGGAUGGCGAAGGGAAGCACCACAAGGCCACAGCUUCCACCAGCCCCAGAGGAGGAUGUCUUCUCCUACAGGUCCCUUACCAGAGGCCUUCAGAGUGGCCUGGGGUGACUGGAGUCACAGGGUGCCUUGGCAGGAGAUAUUUGCCACCCCGGAGCACUGAGAAGCGAUGCUUUCUGAGGGCAGCCUCUGGACCACCCUGUCCAAGGUGUAACUCAGAUACUGCAACAAUGAAUGUGGUCAUGUUUGGGAGCUACUCAGCUACUGCAGUGUUGCAAGCUAUAUGAGGUAAUACAGAAAUAUUCCAUUCAUUUCCACGGACCAGCUCCUUGGCCCUUUUCCAGCAGCUCUGUAAACUUGUAAAACCGAUGGAUCAGUUUCCCAAGGGUCUUUAUUACCAAGACUUCUGACUUCUCAGAAACUGAAACAGCCUUACAGACUAUUGCAAGGAUGCAGAAUGGCUAAAAUAAGCUUUCAUUUAGUGUUCCCUAGGGUUUUUGUGCCCGUCUUCUUCUCCCAAAGUCCCUUUUAUGUCGUGUUUAGCACAGAAGAAUGGGAUGCGACUCUUAGGGCUUAUCUCUGUCAACAGGAAGAGGUCACUUCAGAAUGAAGUUAAGUGCUACCGCUCCCUUCCUCAAGGGCAGAGAAGACUGGGACAGCUGAGCAGAGGUUGUGUGUUGGGUCAGUCUGACAAAUCUGCAGCUUUGGGCUGAUUGGGAUCUGCUUCCAAUGAGGGACGGUUAAAUAUGUGCACAAUCCAGCUUCGAAAUGUAAUCCUGCAUGUGACUUAAACUCUACAAAACACUGUUAAUUUGAAUUUUAUCAUGUAAAACCAGAACCAGUGCAUGUCUCUCAGCUGUCCUGCUUUGCUAUCCAUGUCCCUCUGUGUCGUUCAGGCAACCGACUCCUGACUGAAGCAGCCUGCUGUUCAGCUGGCUGUGCAGGGCACAGACUGGUUUUGUUUCAAGCACGUAAAUCGGAGGGGAGCAGAAGAACCACUUUGUUCCCCAGCCCUGCCCCCGGGUGUAUAAAUAGCCGCCUGGGUGGCUGCUGGAGUGCCUCUCAUUCCAGAGAUCUUUGGCCACCCUAUUAUCAAAACAGAAAGACUGACUUCACUCCCGCUCUCUGCUGACUGAUAUCAUGCUGGAAACAGCAUAGCUUAUUGGGCUUGGCAAAGGCAGCUCUCAUCAGACCAACCUCACAACUUUCUUACCAACUGCUGGCAUAAACAAAAGAAAUGUGUCCUCUCCCAGCUCUAGUGCAGCAUCUGAUGUCCUCCCCCAAUUCUGACGGUGAAGACCAUCAUUUUUACGUAAGGUAUGCAGGAAGACCACAGCAGGCAAUACUGCGAAAUAAAGGACCAGGCAGAAAGCAGUUGAUGGAGUUUAUAUGCAUUCAUAUAUGUAAACUUAUACAGAUGUAUGUAUAGAUAAAUUAAAAGGUCUGGAAAUCA